CCUUAUGCUCGAUUCUUCCUCCUCUAUACUUCUGUCUCACGUUUUUCUCUUCCCCACUUCCAGCAAUUCGUGAUUCUAGAUCUGGUGAUUAGGCAGCAACAUGACAGCAGCUACGACUGCCUUUUCUUAUCGCAGCUGUACGACAGACUACUCCAGGUCGGCAUUAAGAGUGGCUUGAUGACAUUUUCGUGUAGUCGUAUCUUACUGGUUUCUCUAUGUUUCUUCUCUCGUUUUUUCCUCAAGCUAGUAGAGGAAACGUAAAUGGUCUCUUUCAGCUUAGGUACUCGGUACGGAUUCUCAUCUGUCGUUUCCCCUCUCCUUUGCCCGCCUUUUCACCCUCCUAAUCCGUCGUAACCACUUCUUUGCCCGCCGUCUCCCCCCUCCUUGCAUGUCGUUUUACCUCUCUCUCUCUCUCUCUCUCUCUCUCUCUCUCUCUCUCUCUCUCUCUCUCUCUCUCUCUCUCUCUCUCUCUCUCUCUCUCUCCCUCUCUGCCUCUCUCUACCUCUCUUUCAACUUCUCUCUCUUCGUCUCUUUCCUUUCACCAUCACAUUUUGUGUUAACUUCCCAUGCCCAUUCGUUCUCGCCCUAGCUGCUUGUUGUUCACUCCUUUCAUACGCAAUGCCUAAUAUAAUAUCCACUUUAAUUUUGUGCAGGUUUUCUUGUAAACGCGUUUAUGAGUUCCCUACGGCGUUUUGCUGUAAUUCGUUGGGAUGUUCAAUUAUCUCAUUU